GCUCAGUGAGAACCUGCUUUAAAUCACAUAGAAGACAACGUCGCCCCGAAGCCCCGACAACCUUUGGAUAUCCUCGCAUUCCUUCCAUUUCUUAAAUUAGCCCCGCUCAGCUUCGAGAUACCGCCGCCAAUUUCAGUGUCGGUACGGAGCCGCCAGGCCGGGACAGAGACGGAGAGAGAGCCCUCGGCCAUGGAAGCGCUCGGACCCGGCCCGCCUGCCCCCCCCUCCCUUUUUCAGCCCCCGCGUCGGCCCGGAUUGGGCACCGUGGGGAAGCCCAUCCGCCUGCUGGCCAAUCACUUCCAGGUGCAGAUCCCCAAGAUCGACGUCUACCACUAUGACAUCGACAUCAAGCCGGAGAAGCGCCCGCGGAGAGUCAACAGGGAGGUGGUGGACACCAUGGUCAGGCACUUUAAGAUGCAGAUCUUUGGGGACCGGCAGCCUGGCUAUGAUGGGAAGAGGAACAUGUACACGGCCCACCCGCUGCCUAUCGGGCGGGACAGGGUGGAUCUGGAGGUGACGUUGCCGGGCGAGGGUAAGGAUCAGACCUUUAAGGUGUCCCUGCAGUGGGUGUCGGUGGUCAGCCUGCAGAUGCUUCUGGAGGCGCUGUCGGGGCACCUGAACGAGGUGCCCGAGGACUCGGUGCAGGCGCUGGACGUCAUCACGCGACACCUGCCCUCCAUGAGGUACACCCCUGUGGGCCGCUCCUUCUUCUCCCCGCCCGAGGGGUACUAUCACCCCCUAGGUGGGGGGCGGGAGGUCUGGUUUGGCUUCCACCAGUCGGUCCGUCCUGCCAUGUGGAACAUGAUGCUCAACAUUGACGUGUCGGCGACGGCGUUCUACCGGGCCCAGCCGGUGAUCGAGUUCAUGUGUGAAGUGCUGGACAUCCAGAACAUCAACGAGCAGACCAAGCCGCUCACCGACUCGCAGCGCGUCAAGUUCACCAAGGAGAUCCGCGGUCUGAAGGUGGAGGUGACGCACUGCGGGCAGAUGAAGAGGAAGUACCGCGUGUGCAAUGUUACCCGACGCCCUGCCAGCCAUCAGACCUUUCCCCUGCAGCUGGAGAACGGCCAGGCCAUGGAGUGCACCGUCGCUCAAUAUUUCAAACAGAAGUACAGCCUGCAGCUUAAGUACCCCCACCUGCCCUGCCUGCAGGUGGGGCAGGAGCAGAAGCACACCUACCUGCCCCUGGAGGUGUGUAACAUUGUGGCAGGACAGCGCUGCAUCAAGAAGCUAACAGAUAAUCAAACCUCCACCAUGAUCAAAGCCACCGCACGCUCCGCCCCUGACAGGCAGGAGGAGAUCAGCCGGCUGGUCAAAAGCAACAGCAUGGUGGGCGGGCCUGACCCCUACCUGAAGGAGUUUGGCAUCGUUGUGCACAACGACAUGACGGAGGUGACGGGGCGGGUCCUCCCAGCGCCCAUGCUGCAGUAUGGGGGCCGGGUGAGUACAGACACUGGGAGGGACUGUGGCAGGAACAAAACGGUGGCCACGCCUAAUCAGGGCGUGUGGGACAUGAGGGGGAAGCAGUUCUACGCCGGCAUCGAGAUCAAGGUGUGGGCCGUCGCCUGCUUCGCCCCUCAGAAGCAGUGCAGAGAGGACCUGCUCAAGAGCUUCACGGACCAGCUGCGCAAGAUCUCCAAGGACGCGGGGAUGCCCAUCCAGGGCCAGCCCUGCUUCUGCAAGUACGCGCAGGGGGCCGACAGCGUGGAGCCCAUGUUCAAGCACCUCAAGAUGUCCUACGUGGGGCUGCAGCUCAUCGUGGUCAUCCUCCCGGGGAAGACUCCCGUCUACGCCGAGGUGAAGCGGGUGGGAGACACGCUCCUGGGAAUGGCCACUCAGUGCGUCCAGGUGAAGAACGUGGUGAAGACCUCCCCUCAGACCCUGUCCAACCUCUGCCUCAAGAUCAACGCCAAGCUGGGCGGCAUCAACAACGUGCUGGUGCCCCAUCAGAGGCCCUCGGUGUUCCAGCAGCCGGUGAUCUUCCUGGGGGCGGACGUGACGCACCCCCCCGCGGGCGACGGGAAGAAGCCCUCGAUCGCGGCGGUGGUGGGCAGCAUGGACGGGCACCCCAGCCGCUACUGCGCCACGGUGCGCGUGCAGACGUCCCGCCAGGACCUGUCCCAGGAGCAGCUCUUCAGCCAGGAGGUCAUCCAGGACCUGACCAACAUGGUGCGCGAGCUGCUCAUCCAGUUCUACAAGUCCACCCGCUUCAAGCCCACGCGCAUCAUCUACUACCGGGGCGGGGUCUCCGAGGGCCAGAUGAAGCAGGUGGCGUGGCCGGAGCUGAUAGCGAUCAGGAAGGCGUGUAUCAGUCUGGAGGAGGACUACCGGCCGGGGAUCACCUACAUCGUGGUGCAGAAGCGCCAUCACACCCGGCUCUUCUGCUCGGACAAGGCGGAGCGGGUGGGUAAGAGCGGGAACGUUCCAGCCGGCACCACGGUGGACAGCACCAUCACGCACCCCUCCGAGUUUGACUUCUACCUGUGCAGCCACGCAGGGAUACAGGGGACCAGCCGGCCCUCGCACUACCACGUCCUCUGGGACGACAACUGCUUCACGGCGGACGAGCUGCAGCUGCUCACCUACCAGCUGUGCCACACCUACGUGCGCUGCACCCGCUCCGUCUCCAUCCCCGCCCCCGCCUACUACGCCCGCCUCGUCGCCUUCCGCGCCCGAUACCACCUGGUGGACAAGGACCACGACAGUGCGGAGGGCAGUCAUGUUUCGGGCCAGAGUAAUGGACGGGAUCCUCAGGCUCUGGCCAAGGCGGUGCAGAUUCACUAUGACACCCAGCACACCAUGUACUUCGCCUGAUCAACACCACCAGCAGAGGGUGCUCUUCUCUCUCUCAUCUUCCUUUCUGUCAUUGCCUGCUUUCCCUCUCUCUCUCUCUCUCUUUCUGCCCGUUUCUCUUUUCUGUUCUCUCUCUCUCUCUCUCUGCACCAAAGCGGUUGCGAAGCCAGAGGACCCGGUCAUCUGUCCAGUAGAAAUGGCCGGUCCCAGUCGAGCCGCCUCCUACCAGCAAUCCCAGGAUUCUCAGAGGCACUGAGAGACCCUUGGUUUCUGAUGCACAGAGG